AACGUCAAAGUAAUGUCACGCAGCUGUCGUUCGCUGUGGCAUUUUAGGUCAACUCGUCUAUAAACUUCCGAUUCGCCGCUACUUGCGUUUUGAUUCGUGUUUUAUGUACGAAGUUUAUGUUAUUCCGUGCUUAUCAGGCCUGACGCCAUGAUAAACUCCAACUGAUCGAUUGUGCCUACCAGAAAAUUCACUCUGAAAGUCAGUCGUCGCGUUUCUACCGGAGAACGGUUCUUCUCGCGUCGUCGGGCCGUGCUUUUGCUCUAUAACCUCUAUCCAGGCCAAUUGGAACCCGUGCAUCGCAGGAAUGGAGUCCAUUCAGCAGGACUGGCAGGAUCUGGCCAACGACUAUAAGGACUUGGAGAACACGAACCAGAAAUACAUCGAACUCUUGGAAGGUCUGGACAGCCUCCAACAGAAAUGUCUGGGCGACAUCAAGCAUCAGCGCUACCGGAUAGGACAAAUUAUCAUGAGCUUGAAACAGUUCAAAAAGUCAAAGAAUCCAAAAGAUGUAGAAGCUGUAGCGGAAAUAGAGAAGAAUAUACUGAAACGAAAAGCUCAACUGCAUGAAAUAGAACAGUCUCUUCCAAGGAAGUCAGGAUUCUACUUACAGAUCAUUUUAGGUGAUGUGAAUGUUUCAAUUCUGAACAGACGGGAUAAAGUCCGGUACAAAGACGACUAUGAGAAGUUCAAACUCAUAUUGAACGUCAUUGGUCUGGUGAUGGCAUUUUUGAAUUUACUGUUCAAUUUCAGAGCAUUAGAAUUAGCAUUCAUGUUCUUGGUGGUGUGGUACUAUUGUACGCUAACAAUCCGAGAAUCGAUCCUCAAAGUGAAUGGAUCCCGAAUAAAGGGAUGGUGGAGAGCUCAUCAUUUCAUAUCAACAGUUUGUGCAGCUGUGUUGUUAGUGUGGCCGCAAGGCGAGCCUUGGCAACUAUUCCGCAAUCAAUUUAUGUACUUUAAUGCUUACAUAAGUAUGGUCCAGUAUUUACAGUUCCGGUAUCAAAAGGGUGUAUUAUAUCGCCUGAAAGCCUUGGGCGAGCGGCACAAUAUGGAUAUCACCAUCGAGGGAUUCCAUUCUUGGAUGUGGCGCGGUCUGAGCUUUCUGGUACCGUUCCUUGUCGUUGGGUAUAUUUUCCAAGCUUACAACGCUUGGACACUGUAUAAUUUAUCGUACCGUAAGGACAUGACAUGGCAGAUACCAGUAUUGUGUGCUCUAUUUGCUGUCCUGUUCGUGGGCAACACAACAACCACUCUUCUUGUGGUGCCACAGAAAAUGAGAGAACGUGUCAAGGAACGAUAUCGUCUGAUGAGCAUGUCAUGGUCGAUGAUGCGGCGAGAGCAAAUCAAAAACCCUAGCAUCAGCGAGGACUCGAAUCCUAACGUAGCCAACACUUCCAGCGGUGACGAAAACGCAACCUCAGAUCAUACCAAAUCAGAAUGAAAAGCAUUUCAGACGUGAACACAUAUUUAUCUUUAGCAUUUACCCAUUUGUCAAUUUUUUCUUAUUUUUUCGAGCUACAUUUGUUUGGCAAAAUGAAUGUCAAUAAUUUUUUCUCCAUGGAAAACAAGGAAUGACACUAACACCGAGAAAUUACAUCUCCUGUUUUUCGAGAUGAUUGAAGCGAAGAAGAGUUUUUCUUCUCGAAUGCACGAUUGCUAUGAAUUGUUUUAAUUCUAUAAAUGAAACGAGUGCAUGCUAGACACUUAGGCAAUAAAAGCAACUAAAAUGAGAGACAAUUUGAGACUGUAGCGAAAUGAAAAGUGUAAAAGGAUCUAGUUUUUAUUUUUUAUAUACAUACAUAUAAAGUAAUUUAUCUUGAUAUAUUAUUAUUGGAAAAAUUGUGUCAUCAAUUUUUCGUACGAGUUUAUAGUUAACAAUUUAUUUAGCUCUGCAAACUCUGCAAGGAAAUAAUGAAAAUAAAAUAGGAUAUUUUUUCUAUGAUGGAAUUCCAAACUUAGUCGGGGGAUUGUAACGUUCUUUUUCAAAGAAUAAAUAUUUAAAUGUGGAAAA